GGUUGAGGCAUCAACAGAAUUUCUUUGAAAAUCAAAUGGGCACACCCUAUGAUCGUUGCAUGGGCGCGGGGAGUAUAAGUGUGCAGGAGUGUCAGGCCAAGUUUGAAGGGAACAAAUCUACCUGUAAUAUUGAACAGCGUUUCGAUUGGUUCUGCUCAAAUCUCAAGAAUUUGGCGAGCUUCUUUGAUCCUAAUAUGCAACAGCAACAGGAGAUUGCCGAGCAGAUGUUUACACGUCCCUUGGAAAGCUUUGAUAAGAUCAGAUCUAUUUUUGAGGUUAGCAUUACCUUCGAUCAUAAACAGAAAUCAGCUGAAGAUGGCGAUAAAUCGAUAAAUGAUAUCGAUCUACAGAUUGGCCACCAGCUUGAUUUGGAAAUGAAAAAUAUUAUGAUGACAUACAUUUGGCUGGGAGUUGUGAUCUUUGUGGUGAUGAUCAUGAUCUUUCUUGCAGCUUUAUACUUCCGCAUAAAUUAUUUGGACUGCGAGAACUUUAGGAAUAUCUAUUUGACCAAGGAAUUCUAUGAUUACAAUGACCAGGAAUAUACCAAGUUGGGUUACAGUGCUCUUCCCAUGCGACCCACUGAAAGGUACAAAUAUGUUAAGCUUUUUUCCUGUCGUUAUUUACCAGUUGAGGUGGCAAUCGUACAAAGCUCUUUGGUUUUUCUGGUCAUCACGAGCUUGCAAAUUUUUAUCAUCUGCUUUGUGGACUUGAGUCUAUUCUGGAUGUUGGCCAUUAUGUCGUAUCAUUCACAUCAGACAGCGGAGCUACAACCUCCCCAGUAUACAAAGAUCCAUGUUGAAGGCGGUGGAAUGAUUGGUUAUAUUUUACGAGGUUUGGUAAAAGCCUUUGAACCUCUUUCUAAGAAUUUAUUUGUGGACAUUCAACAUUGUCUGCCUCUACCGGGACCACCGAAGUAUCUGCGGUAUUGGGAGAUUAUGAUGAUCUGUUUAUUUGCCUGGAUUUUAUUGAUCACCGAACCGUAUUUUCUUCGUGCACGUCAUCUGAUCAUGUCCCAAUUCUAUCCCGGUAAUGCUAGGAAGCGUGCAGAAUAUUUGCAUGGACGUCUCCUGCUUGAAAGAGAGAUUUUUAUAUUGGAGUCGAGGCGUAAAGCCAGGGCCAUAAAUGUCUAUGACUCUGAAAAUGUGGGUCUCCAGAGCUUUCAGUGGUUUCAUGCGUGUCUUUACUGGAUAUCCUGCGGUUGUUUUGGAGCCAGAAAGUAUAAAACUUGCAUUAUUUGCCAUGCAAAUAUAAAUAUUACUGAAGCAGUUAAAUGUGAGACACCGAAGUGCAGAGGGGUCUUUUGUCAGACGUGCUUUAUAGAGUCCAACUGUCAUUGCAUUUUGUGCAAUCCUCCAACUGUUUAUGGAGACUACACCUCUUAUUCCGAAAUUGACGAUUCUUCUGAUGAUCCAGAGAGUAUUCCAUAUCGUCCACAUAAUAUAUCUUGUUCUGCACCCAAACCCGAACCGCGCAAUACUGCUCCAGAUGAAUGGGAAGGUGAAGUAUUUUAAUACAUAGUUUUGUUGAUAUAAUUCAUUUUUAUAUUGACUAGAUGAUUGA